AUAACCUGAGAUUUCUCCCGUGAUAUCUAUAUCAAGUAUCUGCUGAUAAUUAGAAAAUCUCAAUUGCACCAAUCACGGGCUUCCGUGCGGAACCAUGCUCCAUUUUGCAUUUGCAAUCUAAAGUGUAUUCUUCGCUAUUUCAUAGGCAAACGGUACUCAAAUCAUUCGCUUUCUGAAAACGCGUACGGCACCGUUAUGAGGCUACUUAAGAAAUGUCUCGUGAAGCGGCACCUCCCUGCCAACUCCGCCGUGAAUAUGUGCUGAACCCGAUCACGGCGCUUGCCUUCUUAACGGUGGGUGAGGAGCAGUACCUCCUCGCGGCCGAAGACACGGACAUCAAGAUCUACCAUGUUGCGACAUCUCAGCCCCUCGGCACAAUACCUAUCUUUGAUGGGCAACCUAUCCAUGGGAUUUACGUGCCUCCUGUUACUGAUACCGACGAUGGUAAACCCAGCGUCCAGAGAAGCGCCCCUCAAGUCCUCGUUUGGGGUGCCAAUGCUGUUAAAGUGCUACCUGGUCGCGUCGUUGAGCAAUUGAUUUCUGUUAGCUCAAAUGAUGGUGUUCCUGAUGACGUUCGUGUGCAAUCCAGGUUCCUAAGCUCUAUCUUCGAAGCACCGGAAGCAGUAGCUCCUGAUUGGAUCUUUGACGGCCGUAUCUCACCGUUUGACGAUUACCACAUUGUUCUACUUACAGCACAUAAUGAAGUAAUUCAGGGGCGUGUUAGCGCGGAUCAAAGAACUCUCGUAUUAGGACGCAUCCAAUCACCCUGCCGACCCAACUUGUACUCGGGAAACCUCUUCUGGGUUGAGCGUAACUCCCUAUUAGUGGCGGCAGGGACGGUAUUCGGCGAGAUUGUGGUUUGGAAAUGUCAUCUAGGCUCGAAUGCUGGCAUCAAAAGGGACAAUGAUGAUAUUGACAUUGUGCAAGAAGCGGGCUGUGAGGUCUUGUUUGUGUUCUCGGGUCACGAAGGGUCAAUUUUCGGAGUUCACAUCUCAUCAGAAAUCUUCACGAGUACCGGGGAGGCAAUCAGAUUGCUCUCAAGCUGUAGUGAUGACAGGACGAUCCGGAUCUGGGAUAUCACGGAGCGAAAGGAACAUUCUAACAACGAGAACAAUACAUACGACACGCAAAUCUCCGAAUCAAGACAAACUGGGUUUGGAGAUUCUAUCAUUGGCUCCGUAGGGCUGGCGAAUAGCCCUUCAAGGUGCAUCGCUAUGGCCAUGGGCCAUCUGUCGAGGAUCUGGCAAGUCGAGAUUAACAGCCUAAAUCCGGGUUUCAAAGGAGAUAUGUUUGAAGUUUAUUCAUUCGGAGAAGAUGGCACAAUGCAAAGAUGGCAUCUCGAGCUAAACGUUGGGCCACAGGUCACUGCAGAAAUGUCUGAAAUAGGGGCAUCAACUGCUUUUGUUCCCCCACAAUCAAAGAUGACACACCAUGAGACCUUUUCUAAUCACAGCGGGAAACAAAUCUGGUCACACGCUAUGCUUGCUAAUACAAAUGGUGUUUUGAUAGCUACUGGCGGUGGUGAUGGCAAGAUAGCACUCCUGGAGAGUGACUCCAUCCAUACGCCAAGAGCCCCUGCUGACGCGGUAGACAACAUUGAUCAGUACCCGCGACGUAUUCAAGAACUUGAUGUCUCUCCAACAUACCUGAUCGAACAAUGUGAAGACGAAAGCCUCGGUCCGCAUUCGUCUACCACGUCUUAUAUACAUGGAAACGGCAAAGAGAUGUUCCAAAGCUUUACAUUUAUCACGGAUAUCAAACUCCUUCUUACUACAAGGUCAGGCCGGCUAUUCCUAGGUACCCUUACCGGUAAAACGGAGUGGAAAGAGCUCCGAAUACCUGACGUAGUUCGGAAAACUAUACAAUCGUACACUAUCCUUAGAAGCUCUAGACGAACCGCGACGGCUUUUAUUGGUGCUCCGAACGGCAAGCUAUUCUACUACCAUGAAGCCAGCGGCGACUCGCUUGUGUCAAUCCACAAAGCGGAGCGGAAAAUCGUCGAUAUCAUCUGCCUUUCGGAUACUUUGGUUCCGUCUUCUUCAGCGUGUUGCAACUCUGAACGGAGAGAGUCCCAUGAGUUUAUCGAAAUUCUAGUCCUAGCGUACGGGUGUUCAAGAGCGGAGCUUCUCCGUCUUGAUCAAACCCGCACUUUGGUUCAACGAAGCGAAGUAGAGAUACCUGAUGGGUUGAUCGUGACGACUGCAGCAUGGUGUCAUGGCUAUCUGGUCCUCGGCUCUAGGGACGGGAAUCUGACAUUUUUCAGCCCAGCUUUAGAAAACAAAUAUACUCCGCUCCUGACCGUGGAAGUCAACACUGGCGACAAAGUCGCAUCAAUCCUACAGCUUCCCAGACACUCUGAGAAUUCCCCUCGAUAUCUCCUCACAACUGCUCGCGAUGGAAAGUACAGGAUCUACGAGAUCCUCAACGCGACAGGUAAUCUCCAAAUCCGCCUUCUGCACGAGACAAGCCCGCCGUUCGGUCCUCUGAUUGCGGAAUCCUGGCUCUUCGACAGAGAAGACGGAAAGCAAGAUCUCAUGCUCAGCGGUUUCCGAAGCAAAUACUUCGUAAUUUGGAACGUGACGGAGCAGAGCGAGGUAGCCACGAUUGAAUGUGGCGGUGGACAUCGCGUGUGGGAUCAGGUACAGAUUCUGGGGAAUCCUAAUGGGUUCAGAUUCGUCUGCACCAAAGCAUCGCAGAUGAAGAUCUUCUCGCAGACGCGCCCGCCACAUCUGUCUUUGAAGAAGGGUGGACAUGGUCGCGAGAUCAAGGCCGUGGCGGUAGCCUCGGGAAAGUAUAUGGCGACAGGUGCCGAAGACACUGCAAUCCGCAUAUGGGAGAUUGGCAAGAGAGGUCAAUCCGAGCAGCAGUUUCGCUCUGCGCUUAUCCUGGAAAAGCACAAUACAGGUAUCCAGAAGCUAAAGUGGUAUAAGGACCAGUAUCUCUUCAGCAGUGGUGGUAACGAGGAAUUCUACAUCUGGCGCGUCUCAGCACUAGAAAGUGAUAUAUGUCCGCUCGGCGUCGUAUGUGAGGCUGUGUUCACCGAUCGCUCUGAGAUAGGCGACUUGCGGAUUACAGAUUUCGAGGUGCAUCGCUUGAACGAUGAGACGGUUGGGAAUAGGGUCGCUACAUCAGAAAUGCCAUCUCCACAGCCGGAAUUCUGCAUCACGAUGACACUCUCGAAUUCUACCGUGCAGAGCUACCUCUACUCUCCACAAAGUGGAUUCCGACUGUUAGGACGACGCAUGUACACCGGUGCGUGCCUCACGCAACUCAGACACCUGAACUUCAUCGAUCGAUGUUAUCCACAGGUUCUAGCAGCUGCCACGGACGGUCAUUUGGCCGUAUUUCCACAUAUCCAUGAUUCGGAUGGUGAGGUCGAGGAUUCGUCAGACACACUCGUCACGAAACUCCACCAAAGCACCAUCAAAUCACUGGAUAUGCACAGCAUCGCCACAACGGCCGGGACUUCAUAUCUCGUCGUAACGGGUGGAGACGACGACGCAAUCGGGGUAUUACACAUAUACUCUCCAAGAGCAGAUUCGCCAACCCUUGGUAGCAGCCAGCAACACCCCCAGUACGAGAUCCGGAACAAAAUCAUCGUGCGCUCCACACACGCCGCGGCGAUAACAGGGAUAGGGAUAGUCCGACUUGAGAAUGACGAGCGAGAUGCUGUGAUCUCUACCGCGAGUAACGACCAACGCGUUAAGCUAUGGCGUCUCGUGGACUGGCAAUCUGCUUCUAUGAAAUUUCAGUUAAUCGACGAUCGGUACAGUGGCGUUGCGGACGCAGGGGAUUUGGAGGUACUAAGAGAGGUAGGUGGGAAGGGGGGUGAGAGUCGGGGCAUAGGAAAUGGGGAGAGAGUUGUGGUUGCUGGCGUUGGUAUUGAGGCUUGGGAUAUAUCUUAAUCUUGAAUAGAAAGAGGCCAAAAAUGUAGAAGUUUCAAUAUUUCCAGACAGGGCGCGAGGGGUU